GUGGACUUAACUGAUAUUAUGAUAUGCAAAAUCCCUCCACACAUGGGGAACAGAGCCCUCUUGUGGUAAUGCUAGAGGAAUAGCAAUUGGAGACAACCUGCUGCACUCUGCUGCUCUGCAAGACAAACAUCGGUAAAGCCAAGCAGCAAGAAAAGAAAGGUUCUUCAUGACAAAAUGACAGCAAGAGAACACAGUCCCCGCCACGGUGCGAAAUCCCGCACCGUGCAACGGGCCUCCACCAUUGAUGUCACCUCUGACAUGCUAGGCCUUUCUCUAGCAGGAAACAUUCAGGAUCCAGAUGAGCCGAUUUUAGAGUUCAGUUUAGCUUGCAGUGAGCUACUAACUCCGUCGCUAGAUCGAAAACCAAAUAGUUUUGUAGCAGUGAGCGUAACUACACCUCCUCAGGCGUUCUGGACGAAGCAUGCACAGACAGAAAUUAUUGAGGGAACAAGUAAUCCUAUCUUUCUAAGCAGCAUUGCCUUUUUCCAAGACUCUCUUAUCAAUCAAAUGACACAAAUCAAACUCUCCGUGUACGACGUCAAAGAUAGAUCUCAGGGAACAAUGUAUUUGUUGGGUUCUGGGAUGUUCACUGUAAAAGAACUUCUUCAGGAGAAGAAUCACAGGUUGCACUUAACACUAAGGUCGGCUGAAAGUGACCGUGUAGGUAACAUUACAGUUAUUGGAUGGCAAAUGGAGGAAAAAACUGACCAAAGGCCUCCAGUGACAAGGUCACCCGAUACAAUUAAUGGAAGGACUGUGUUGCCAGUUGAUGAAAGUUUAACAGAAUCUUUAGGAAUCAGAUCCAAAUAUGCUUCAUUACGGAAAGAUGCACUACUGAAAUCGGUGUUUGGUGGCGCCAUUUGUCGAAUGUAUCGCUUCCCAACCACUGAUGGAAACCACUUGAGAAUCUUGGAGCAGAUGGCUGAGAGCAUCCUGUCACUGCACAUCCCUAGGCAGUUUGUGAAGCUUCUUCUAGAAGAAGAUGCAGCAAGGGUUUGUGAACUAGAAGAAUUGGGAGAACUGUCUCCUUGCUGGGAAAGCCUUCGUCGACAAAUAGUUACACAGUACCAAACAAUUAUUUUAACUUAUCAGGAAAAUCUAACUGACCUGCACCAGUAUAAAGGUCCUUCAUUUAAAGCCAGUAGCUUGAAAGCUGAUAAAAAAUUGGAAUUUGUUCCUACGAAUUUACAUAUACAGAGAAUGAGAGUCCAGGAUGAUGGAGGAUCAGAUCAGAACUACGACAUAGUCACCAUAGGAGCACCAGCAGCUCAUUGUCAAGGCUUUAAAUCAGGUGGCUUGCGGAAAAAGCUCCAUAAAUUUGAAGAGGCAAAGAAACAUUAUGAGGAGUGUUGCACAUCAACAAGUUCCCAGUCUAUAAUAUACAUCCCACAGGACAUUGUUAGAGCAAAGGAAAUUAUUGCACAAAUUAACACCCUGAAAACGCAAGUCAGUUACUAUGCAGAAAGACUCUCAAGAGCUGCCAAGGAUAGAUCAGCUAAUGGCCUUGAAAGAACACUUGCCAUCCUAGCAGACAAGACCCGGCAACUUGUCACAGUCUGCGACUGCAAGCUGUUGGCAAAUUCAAUACACGGACUGAAUGCUGCAAGGCCAGACUAUAUAGCUUCAAAAGCAUCUCCAACCUCUGGAGAAGGGGAGCAAGUGAUGCUGAGGAAUGAUCAAGAUACACUUGUGGCCAGAUGGACAGGAAGAAAUAGCCGAUCUUCUCUGCAGGUGGAUUGGCAUGAAGAGGAAUGGGAGAAAGUUUGGUUGAAUGUUGACAAAAGUCUGGAGUGUAUUAUACAGAGAGUGGACAAACUUCUCCAGAAGGAGCGCUUGCAAAGUGACAGCUGUGAAGAUGUUUUCCAGUGCGACAUCAGCUGUACUAGUAAGAAAGGUAAUCGGGACACUCGCGCCUACUGGAUAAAUCCAGAAGAUGUAAAUGAGACCUCAUCAUCCUCACCACCUUCAUCAUCCUCACCACCUUCAUCAUCCUCACCACCACCUUCAUCCAUACCAUCCUGUGCAUGCCAUUCUCUCAGAAAGACAAAUUGCAGCCCCACUCCGGAAGAAUCUGGCCCAGGUGAAUGGAGCGAAGCUCUUUAUCCCUUGCUGACGACACUCACAGACUGUGUAGCCAUGAUGAGUGACAAGGCAAAGAAAGCCAUGGUCUUUUUAUUAAUGCAGGACAGCGCCCCGACAAUAGGGCUCUGCCUGAGCCUUCAGUAUCGCAGGGACGUUGUCUUCUGCCAAACUCUGACAGCUCUCAUUUGUGGUUUCAUUAUCAAGCUGAGGAACUGCCUGCACGAUGAUGGAUUUUUAAGGCAACUCUACACCAUUGGCUUGCUGGCGCAGUUUGAGAGCCUGUUGAGCACUUACGGUGAGGAGCUGGCAAUGCUGGAGGACAUGAGUUUGGGAAUCAUGGACUUGAGGAAUGUAACCUUUAAAGUAACUCAGGCCACAUCAAAUACAUCUACUGACAUGCUGCCGGUCAUCACUGGAAAUCGUGAUGGAUUUAAUGUGAGGAUCCCUUUGCCAAGCGCCUUGUUUGAUUUGUUGCCGCGAGAGAUUCAAAGUGGCAUGUUACUGAGGGUUCAGCCUGUUCUUUUCAAUGUGGGAAUCAACGAGCAGCAAACCCUAGCAGAGAAGUUUGGAGACACCUCACUGCAAGAAGUAAUUAACAUGGAAAGCUUAGUGCGGUUGAAUUCGUAUUUUGAGCAAUUCAAGGAAGUUUUGCCUGAUGAUUGUCUACCUCGAUCUCGUAGUCAGACGUGCCUGCCUGAACUGUUAAGAUUUCUGGGACAAAAUGUACAUGCAAGGAAAAAUAAGAAUGUUGAUAUCCUUUGGCAAGCUGCUGAGAUAUGCCGCAGACUAAAUGGUGUUCGAUUUACAAGCUGUAAAAGUGCCAAGGAUAGGACUGCCAUGUCGGUCACCCUAGAGCAGUGUUUGAUCCUACAGCAUGAACAUGGAAUGGCUCCACAGGUCUUCACCCAGGCUCUGGAGUGUAUGAGGAGUGAGGGUUGUCGGCGAGAAAAUACAAUGAAGAAUGUUGGAUGUCGCAAGUAUGCAUUUAAUUCCCUGCAGCUGAAGGCUUUCCCAAAGUAUUACAGGCCUCCAGAAGGAACUUAUGGAAAAGUUGAAACAUAAGCAUACUAUGUCCUUUAAUCGCUGUUCCAUUAAAACAUGUGGAUACACUCUAGAUUAAUACAUGAUUUUGUCAUCCAGAAGAGAUAAAUAACCUUUUUGUACGUUUCGCUAGGUUAUACAGAGCAUGUUACUUACAGAAUUGGAAUCUAUAGUAACAAUUAUUCUGACACCUUAGCUUGAGAAUAGUGUGAUGACUCUCUGCCUGUUUAAAUAGCCUUCAGUGUAUGUAAGAUGAGCAGAUAUUGUGCUACUUAAUAAUUCCCUAUAUGCAAAUAGCUAAGUACCUCCUGGAUGGGCAAGGACUCUAGGAACGGCAUUUAGGCAGCUGUUUCACAAAACAUCUUUUUAUACUGAGUUGACUUGAGAUUGAGCUUUUCAUAAACUUUUUAAAACUCAGAGUAAAACUCAAAAGUUGUAAAUAAAAAGGGAUUGGAUCCUAGACAGUCUAAUAACUGUAGAAUGCAUUGUUACAAUCAAGAAACAGAAGUUUAAC